AGGGGACAAGAGGCAUAUGGCCAUGACCAGAGCCCACCGCUAUUCCUUCCCCAAAAAUCUCCCCUGCGAGCCGAGCAAGUGCUCACAGGCAUAGUGAUGGUUCUCUCUCAGCUCUCUAAACUCAAUCGUUCUCUCUUUACUUCACCAAUCCGCCGAAGUUUUAGCGUAUUUGCAAAAACCAAUAAACCCGUAAUCGCGGCCACAGAAGCCUCCAUUCUCACUUCGCCUUCAUUUCCCGCCCCCAAAUCCACUCUCACGGCCGCCGAACCAGUUUCGAUCACCGAUUUUUCAGAACAUCCCGAAGAAAAACAGUUAACCAUCUCCCCUGAGAAGCUAUUUAUUCCGCCGGAAACUGAUUUCUCCGGCAGCGGCGCUGCGGGGACGAGAAUCUUGAAGGGUUCGAACAUUGUGUUGGGACGGUACGCGAGGGAUGCGCAGAUUUCCGAGGCGAAUUUUGUGAAGAGUAGUGUGAGAACCGAGGAUUGCCCUUCUGAUGGGCUUCCUGAAUUUGCCCUUGUUGGGCGCUCGAAUGUGGGGAAAUCGUCACUGUUGAACUCGCUCGUGCGGCGGAAGAAGCUCGCUCAUACCUCCAAGAAACCAGGAAAGACACAGUGCAUAAACCAUUUUCGAAUCAACGAUAGUUGGUACUUGGUCGAUUUGCCUGGAUAUGGGUAUGCAUCUGCACCACGGGAACUCCGAACGGACUGGAAUAAGUUUACAAAGGACUAUUUCCUGAAUCGGUCGACGUUGGUUUCGGUUUUCCUUCUUAUAGAUGCCAGCGUUCCUGCCAAACAAAUUGAUCUUGACUAUGCUGGUUGGUUGGGUCAGAAUCAGAUUCCAAUGACGAUAAUAUUUACGAAAUGCGACAAACGAAAGAAGAAAAAGAAAGAUGGAAAAAGAGCAGAAGAAAAUAUGAGCGACUUUCAGGAACUGAUUGGUGGAUUUUUCCACACGACUCCGCCAUGGAUUAUGACCAGCAGUGUCACCCAUCAAGGUCGGGACGAAAUUCUUCUGCAUAUCGCUCAACUGAGGAACUACUGGCUCAAGCACUGAUAAAACACUUUAGCCUCGCCUUCCGAUGUCGAUCAGCUUGCUGAUGUUUCUCGACACGAAUAGAUGCACUUCAUCUUGACUCAAAACGGGUCGAUAGAAUGUGAUUCCUGUAUUAUAUAUUCAACGGCUUGAGGUGUAGGACGAGGACACAAAGUUUGGAGUGUUUACAAACCAACACAACACGGCUUAAUACUGUUUCACAAGCUUCAUUGUGUCACUGCUUAGAUGCUUCAAACAGAGCAAUAGAAUGGAAGAUUAGUAGAGAGUUGCUCUGUUAUCUUGUGGAUCCCGUUUAUUCCUGUUCUGGAUAAGGAUGGCUUUACUCCUUUGCCCAAACACUCGGCUUCAUUCCUCGGAGACUUGGCCUUGUUGCAAACCUCAUUACCGUUGGCUUGCCCUUUUCUUUUUCCUUUAAAAUAAUAUCCUUUAAACAGUAAAUUUUGGGUGUAAACAAU